UUUCUAUUUGCAUUGCGGCCGCGUGUGAUUGCUACGCAUCGCAAUUGCGUUUAAUUUCAAUUUUUGGCGUGAAAACAGUGAAAUUUUCGCACCAAAAUGAGCUUGUAUAAUUUUAAAAAGAUUAUGGUGGUUCCGCCAGCAAAGGACUUCAUCGAUAUUAUGCUUUCGAAGACACAACGGAAAACACCAACAGUUGUACACAAGGGUUAUAAGAUUUCACGUAUUCGUGCUUUCUACACACGUAAAGUCAAAUUCACGCAACAGAAUUUCCACGACCGUCUGUCUCAGAUAAUACAGGACUUUCCGAAGCUGGAUGACGUCCAUCCCUUUUAUGCUGAUCUGAUGAAUGUGCUGUACGACAAAGAUCAUUACAAAUUGGCCUUGGGUCAGCUAAAUACUGCUAGACAUCUGAUUGACAACGUCGCAAAAGAUUAUGUGCGUCUGUUGAAAUAUGGUGAUUCGCUCUAUCGUUGCAAACAACUUAAGAAGGCAGCGCUUGGCCGUAUGGCCACUAUCUUGAAAAAGCAAGCUAGCAAUUUAACAUAUUUGGAACAAGUGCGACAACAUUUAUCACGUUUACCCACCAUUGAUCCUUAUUCGCGUACGAUUCUCAUCUGCGGCUUUCCCAAUGUGGGUAAGUCUUCGUUCAUCAACAAAAUCACACGUGCGGACGUAGAAGUGCAGCCAUACGCGUUUACCACAAAAUCGCUGUAUGUGGGACACACAGAUUAUAAGUAUUUGCGUUGGCAGGUUAUCGAUACUCCCGGCAUACUGGACCAUCCUUUGGAGGAACGAAAUGUCAUAGAAAUGCAAGCCAUUACUGCCUUAGCCCACUUGCGUGCUUGUGUGCUUUAUUUUAUGGAUAUCUCUGAGCAGUGUGGUCAUUCCCUAGAAGAGCAAGUCAAGUUAUUCGAAAGCAUCAAACCUCUGUUCACAAAUAAGCCAUUGAUUUUAGCCAUCAAUAAAAUCGAUAUUCUUGGCCUAGAAGACUUGUCUGAAGAACGCCGUGCGAUCAUCACCCAAUUACAAGAGGAUAAAAGUGUGCCGGUGAUGUUCACCUCCACUGUGAGCGAGGAGGGAGUAAUGGAAGUAAAAAUGGAGGCCUGCGAGCGUCUGCUCUCAUUCCGGGUGGAUCAAAAGAUGCGCACAAAGAAAGUGGACAACAUUCUAAAUCGCCUUCAUGUGGCAAUGCCCACACCUCGUGAUGAAAAGGAACGUGCACCUUGCAUACCCGAACAAGUGCUGGCACGUCUCGAGAAGAAUGCUGAAAAAGCAGAACGUAAACGUAAACUCGAGAAAGAAAUCGAAGACGAAAUGGGCGAUGACUAUAUUUUGGAUCUGCAGAAGAACUAUGCCGAAAUACCUGAAGAAGAACGCUACGAUGUUAUACCCGAAAUUUGGGAUGGCCAUAAUAUUGCCGAUUACAUUGACCCCGAUAUUUUCUCGAAAUUGGAAGAACUUGAACGUGAAGAGGGUAUGCGUGAAGAAGGCGGUAUUUACAAUCAACCUGAUAUGACAAUGGAUGAAACGCUGAAGGAAAUUCGAGAAAUGGCCAAACAAAUACGCGGCAAACGCUUCCAGUUACGGGACGAUCGUCGUUUGGCUUCGAAAAAGAACAAACCAGCGAUUCCACGUCACAAGCAGCCCAAGGUGCGUGAUCGUUCGGUGGCUAAACUGCGCGAAACCAUGGAAAAUCUCGGUGUCGAUAUGUCUGGCACAGAAAACGCCAACUUCACAAAAUCUGUUGUGGAUCUCCGACGUAGUCUGGUGCCUGUUGGCACAAAGGAGUUGAAGAAACCAUUGCUGGAUAAAGAAUCAUCGGCGAUAGUAAAGAAGACAGGCCAACCAUUGAAACGUGCACCAUCGCGUGAUACAAUGGGCAUCAAGAAUGUGGCGAUGAAGAAGAAGGCGCAACUCAUGGCGAAACGAGACAUUGCAAAGAAGGUGACACGUCUGGGAUUAAAGGGCGAAGCUGAUCGUUUCAUCGGCACCAAGAUGCCCAAGCAUUUGUACUCUGGCAAACGCGGUACGGGUAAAACAGACAGACGUUAAGCAGCAAAUUGGAAGCAGUAUAAGUCGCGUUUGCAGGCUAAUGCUAAUGCUGGGGUGGGCAAAAUGCUGGAUCAAUUAGCUUUUAUGUUGAUUUAUAACAAACAACAAACAUUAAACUUUGAAGCGCUCUAUGUAUUUUAUUAAUAAAUAUGUAAAUUACAUUUCAUAACAAAAACAAG